GAGAAAAGGUGAAGAGAAAAGAAAAAGGAUUGACUGAAUGGGAGAGGGGUAUUUGAUUCCUGAGUGCGAACCAACCUACAAUGUCCAAAGGAGCUUCAUGACAUAAAUACAACUCUCUUCUUCUUCCUUUUUCCAACCUACUUAAACUCCAAAUCUCUCUUUCUCUCUCUCUCUCUCUCUCUUUUGUUUUUUCAACUCAACUCACAGUACAGCUCAAACAAAACUCGAGCUUUUCCAUUAAUCUCACCUUCAUCCUUUUCCAUUCCUGGCUUAUAUAUAUACUAUCAUGGGUUUACUUCUACUGCUUUUUCAAACUUGAAUCCACCCACAGGCCACAACACACACUACCUUUCGUCAAAUGACAUGGAUCCACCUACUCUCAUCAACCAACCUUCAUUUCCAACUACCCCUAAUGCCAAUCCCAAUAUCACCCCUUUCAAUCUUUCUGAGAUCUGGCACUUCCCAAUUCAUGGCGGAACCUCCGUUGAGGAUUCUGGGCCUGCUCUUGCCCUCAGGAUGGCUCAUCUCGCUCAUAAUUUGACCCACUUUGGAGACAUUGCCAUUGGGAAUCCAGAGGUUUCCCCUACUGACUCACUUCCCUUGCAAUUGCAGCAGAGACUACCUCAUGGUCAUGGCGUUUCCAAGAAGCGCCGUGAUUCAGACCAAGAUUCGCCUAAAGUCAGUUCCACCAGUAAUGGCAACAAUGCCAAUGCCAAUAGCAGCGCUGGGAAUGAUUCUGGUGGAAAGCGCGUUAAAACAGCGGCGUGUAGAGAUGAUAAUCACGAAUCCAAAACAGAAGCGGAACCCAGAUCUGGGAAGACCGAACAGAACUCCCAGCCUACUCCAGAACAACCCAAACAGGAUUACAUCCAUGUGCGAGCGAGAAGGGGCCAAGCAACUGAUAGCCAUAGUCUGGCCGAAAGGGCUAGAAGAGAAAAGAUAAGUGAGAGAAUGAAAAUUCUACAAGAUUUGGUCCCUGGGUGCAAUAAGGUGAUUGGAAAAGCGCUUGUACUUGAUGAGAUAAUAAAUUACAUUCAAUCUCUUCAGCGUCAGGUUGAGUUUUUGUCGAUGAAACUGGAAGCAGUUAAUUCCCGAAUUGGCCCUGGCAUUGAAGUGUUUCCUCCAAAAGAUUAUGGUCAACAAACAUUCGAUACAACCGGCGUUGCGUUUGGUUCACAAGCAACAAGAGAAUACAGCCGUGGCUCAUCACCAGAAUGGUUGCAUAUGCAGAUUGGUGGUGGUUUCGAAAGAACGACGUAGUCUAGGAAAUUCUCCCAACCAUUAUUACUAAUAAAAGCAAGAAAGGAGGAUGUUAUUCGACCUCUAGUAGAGCUCUCAACAAGUAUAGUCCAUAUGGAAAAAAAAAUCAAAGGUAGACUUAAUUUUCACAUUCAGGGAUGAAGAUAUGGAUGCUGUUCAUAGAUCUGCUUUUAAGUUAGUGAUUGAACAUCUGUUAAUGUGUUGGAAAGUAGAUUCUCUGAUAUCUCUGCCUCAUAAACUCCUCCAUAUAAAUACUAAAAAGUUAACCUGCUGAACAAGCAUUAUUCUUGUGAAAAAUAAAGUAUUGCUUGGAAUUAAGUUUCAGCAUUAUUGUCA